GCCCCCUCUCGCCCGCCUGCUCGCCCACCCUGGCGCCCUGUCCCGCCUCGCCCUCGCCCUCCCCCUUUCCAGUGCCCCAUCCCUCCCCUAGUGAGAUCUCCCUCCCCCCUCUCCCGGUCUCCUGCGCCAAGUUCCUGCCGUCAUGAACCUGGCCAGCCGGAUUGUCGGCAUCGGGGUGGACAUCGUCCCCCUGGCUCGGGUCAAGGGGAUGGUUGCGCGCCAUGGCGCCGAGCGCCUGAGCCGGCGCCUACUGGCUCCGGGGCCCGAGGCCGCCGGGCUGAUGCGGCUCCUUGAGGAAUUUCAAGCGGAUGGCCGGCCAGGCUCCCCCCCGGCCGCGAUGCAAGCUCGGUCGGGGACCAUACGCGUGCCCUUUCCGGAGGCCGAGUCCAAGCGCAUUGUCUCCUACGUCGCCGGCUGCUUCGCCGCCAAGGAGGCCACAUACAAGGCGGCCUUCCCUGCGGCGCUCGUCAACCUCCGCGAGGUCGCCCUCGUCCGGCCGUCAGAGGCCAAUGAGCGGGGUACAGGAAAACCCCUCUUGCAUCUGAGUCCGGCACUCUGCCACCAGCUGGGCCUCAGCGCGGGGGCGCCCGAUCAAACGGCCAUCCCCAUCGGUGUGGAGGUGCCGAAACCCACAAAGACGUCCGACUGCGCGGCCGCUGCCCCGGGUGCCGCCGACCGCCAGCCAGGGCCCUGUGAGGGGGCACACGUAUCCCUGAGCCACGACGGCGGCAUGGUGGUGGCCAUGGUGGUCCUGGAAGCUCGCGGCGAAUAAAUUCCCCCGAAUGCCAA